AUGUCAACGUCCAAAACCCACAUUGCGCAAACCCUCCUCGAGCGCGCCCACUCCCCAGACACAGCCGAAGCCCUCUUCACAGAACGCAUAAAACAAAAGCCUCUGCACCUCCGUCCAACCUCUCCAACGCCUGCCGACAAUCGCUCACGACGUCGUCUCCACCGCCUCCGCAAGAAGGAGUACUUCCUCCGGCACCAGAAGCCGAAGCCGCUGUCUGCGCGCGAGAAACGGGAGUCCGGAGUUUACAAAUUACCCGAGGAAGAAUGCAAAUAUGAGACCUUCAAGGGACUAAAUCAGAUGUGGGCGGAGUAUAUGAGGGAGAUAUUGGAUCUGGGGUCUGGUAGUGGGAAACUGGUCACGGCGCUUUCGCAUGGGAGCAAACUGGUUAGUGCGGAUUUCCAUGGGGCAGAGAUGGAGGUUGUUAGGAGUAAGUGCUCGGGAAGAGUUGGGUUGAAGGGAAUUGUGGUUAGGGAUACGAAGUUUACGUUUGUGAUUGUCACGGAGAGGGAUGAGGUCAAGAACAUUCCAAAGGAGCAAACGGUUUUUCGUUUCUGUGUGCCGCUGCCUGAUGCAAAUGCGACGGGGGAGAUGAAUCCGGAAAACGCUGCAGACCGUGCUGAAGAAGGCAAGACGCUCGUCUUUGAGCUCCAUGGCAGCCAGUUUCAGAAUCGACCUGUGGACAGAGCCAACAAGAAAUUCAAGUGGCGCAAUGUGGAGUAUCUUUGA